CCUAGAUCAUCCAUUUGAGAUCAAAAAGCUGUUAAAUUUGAGGGCUUUAGAUCGAAUUUGAUAUCUGGGGUUAAUGGGUUUUUUGAAGAAGUUAACGGGUAUACUUGGGUUUGGGCAUAACGAUGGUGGUGGUGGGCAUGGAGCUGUAAAAGAAGAAGAUGUUGAUGGUGGAGAUAACACUGGAACAGUUUCUGGUGAUGGAGAUAAACGUCGGGAAGAGAAUCAACCUAGAUUUCGUGAAACUGGUCCAAGGAAAGGUUUUGGUGUACCGGUUCAAGUUGCUGUUGAACGGUCUAAUCCUGGUCCUAUUCUUCAGCCUUGUGCUGCUUCAGAUGGUGGUAUUCAGGGACUACGUUGGUACUCAAUGCGGCUUAAGAUUGAUGAAGACGGAGAUGUUGCAGAUGAGUUCUUGGAAGACAAUAACUGUAAGACUUUAUCAAGAAAGUGCAAAACAAAAGCUGCAAAAGUGAGAGGUUUAGUGAUAUCUUCUGAUGGGAAACUUCAGCCAUUAAUGCAUUGAACAAUGAAAACCAAGGAGAAAGAUUUGCUGAAUAGUGUGAUUGAAUCAGAGAAAGGUUAGAACUUAUGUUUCAUUAAUUUCGAGAUCAAUCCAUUAGAUUCCUGAUUUGAUUCUUGAGCACUUAAAAUGUUAUUUAACUGUGAAUUUAGUUUUUGAAAAUAGACAGUGAUUCUCUUU